AUGUUUUUCCUCUUCACAACAAUUCUUAUUUUAAUAACAAUUUUUGAAUAUAAUUUAAUAAAGACAUUAACCCCCGAAGGCCGUAAUUAUGUUGUUUCACUUCACAAUGAUUACCGUUCACAAUUAACUCAAGGGAAAAGUGCCAAUUUAUCUGGACAAAAUAUGCCUACUGGGAAAAAUAUUAAACAAAUGAGUUAUUCUGUUGAUUUAGAGAGUAUUGCUCAACAAUGGGCAGACAAGUGUACAUAUAGUCAUUCUGGAACAUAUGUUUAUGGGGAAUGUUUUUCUGCAUUUCCAUCUGAAUAUAAUGAAACAACUGGUCUUUAUAAUGCUCUUUCUGGAUGGUGGUCAGAAUUGGUAUAUAAAGGAGCUCUUGGACCCGAAGAGAAUAAUACAUGGAUUCCAUUUAAUGGAGCUCAAAACGGCAGAGGAGUUGGCCAUUGGACCCAAAUGGCGUGGUGGAAUACAAAUAGAGUUGGAUGUGGUCUGGCACGUUGUGAUCGUUAUAAAACUUAUAUUGUUUGUAAUUAUGAUCCUGUUGGAAAUGUUAUAACCCUUGGAGUUUAUGAAAUUGGAACCCCGUGUUCAGGUUGUCCAGAUAAAUGCAAUUCUACAAACAAACUUUGCCUUAACUAA